UGUGGUGUGCUUUCCCCUCCCCACCGCCUCACCGCACUUCCCUUCCCUUCAUCCUCCAGCUGCGCACUCAGCGACGGAGGCCAACAAAGCACAACUUGAAAAUCUUUUGGAAAUAUUGGCAAACAAUCACUGGCUAUGGCGGCAAUCAGAAAAAAGCUGGUCAUAGUGGGAGAUGGCGCGUGCGGCAAGACAUGCCUGCUGAUUGUGUUCAGCAAGGACCAGUUUCCUGAGGUCUACGUGCCCACCGUUUUUGAGAACUAUGUGGCGGAUAUCGAAGUGGACAGCAAACAGGUGGAGUUAGCGCUGUGGGACACAGCAGGUCAAGAAGACUACGACCGCCUGCGCCCACUCUCAUAUCCAGACACCGAUGUCAUUCUUAUGUGCUUCUCCAUCGACAGUCCUGACAGUCUCGAGAACAUCCCGGAGAAGUGGACUCCAGAGGUGAAACACUUUUGCCCCAACGUCCCCAUUAUCCUGGUGGGAAACAAAAAGGACCUGCGCAACGAUGAGCACACCCGCAGGGAGCUUGCCAAAAUGAAGCAGGAACCCGUGAAGCAGGAGGAUGCACGGGACAUGGCCAACAGGAUCUGUGCCUUUGGAUACAUGGAGUGCUCAGCCAAAACAAAGGAUGGCGUGAGGGAAGUAUUUGAAAUGGCCACCAGGGCGGCAUUACAGGCCCGGCGGGGAAAGAAGAGCAAUAGAUGCACCGUCCUGUGAAAACGGGUGGCAUGGGACUGCUUCCUGUUUGGGGGAAAAAAAGAAGCAGAGGGUCAAAUCCCACCCCCUUGCCCCCAAAAAAUACACCCACGCAAAAGACUGUUCUCACCAGUUUUUACAAAAGGUGCAACGCUUUUACUUGUUUUAUGUAUUAAGCUGAAAUAGGUUCUGUCAGUAUUGGAAGUCCUUUUUUUUUCUACUAAAGCAUCAGUCAAUCAGCCAUAAUAAAACCUCCUCUAUCAGCAUGUAGUGUCAUGAGAAGUCAGCAAACCUGCCAACUACAGUCCAGUGCUGAAGCCCUGCCUGCUGACCCGACGAAUGUUUCCACAGUCAACUAGGGUAAAAGUACCUGAUCACUGUGACUUCGACAAACUAACGCACACGCCGAGUCAACGUUUGUUUUGGUGUGCUCCAUUGACGAAUCCUCGUGUGCAUCGUGACAACGUGCACGAUAUGAGACUGGAAACUCAAUUUUUGUUAACACGCAAAAUGGAAACUUAGUGUUUUGUGUAAUAAAUUACUUUGUAAGAAUCUUGCUUCUA